AAAUGUUGGGCACAGAAAAUUUAGUUUAAUUAUCAUAGUGCCGAUAAGCUUCGCAACCGGUGGACGCGCUUACAACAUGACGAACACAGCUGGCGGUGGCGUCACGUGGUCGGAAUGGCUGGUGCAGACCAAUGACAUCAAGCAGCUGUGGGCAGCGCAACCCACAUACCUAUUGUCACAAGGUGUCUACGUAUUAGCGGGGCUCAUCACUUUGCUACACGCCUUCAGAAAAGGUGGUCGCUGGCCUUACUUGUGGUUGGCAACGAUCCUACAUGGAUUGUGGACCGACAACUUCUGGCAUUUUGUGGUGCCAGAGUAUGACAACUUUUGGCAUUCGCAAACACCAAUUAUAUUCCUAGGUGCAAGAUUGCCUCUGCACAUUAUUUUAUUGUACCCUGCAUUUAUUUAUCAUGCGGUCUAUGCAGUAUCCAGGUUGAAUCUCCCUAAAUAUGCAGAACCAUUCGCAGUGGGCCUUGUUACGGUCCUUGUGGAUUUACCAUAUGAUAUUGUUGCCGUUAAGUUUGUUCACUGGACCUGGCAUGACACAGACCCUAACAUCUAUGACAGACAUUACUGGGUACCAUGGAACUCGUACUACUUCCAUGCUACAUUCGCUGCAAGUUUCUACUUCUUCUUCAUAGCAAGUAGGAAUUGGUUUGCACCAAAGGUUUCUCAAUGGGAUUCGGCUGGCAAGAAGUCUGAAUGGAAGGCACUAUUGAUUGCCUCCUUCAUGGGCAUGCCUGGUGGUGUCCUGAUGUUUGUUCCCAUCUACCAUCCCCUGCAUGACAUCUUUAAGAUCCACUCUGAAGUCACUUUCUUCCUACUCUUCUCUAUAUUUGCUGUUAUUGUUGUCACUGGACUGUUGAGUGACAGAGAGAAGGCCACCAAGAAAUUGACAAAAAUAGACUACUUACUCAUCGCUCAGUUGGCCGUCCACUACCUUUUGUACUUGAGCUUCACAAUAUUCGCCAACCCCGAGCAAGAGUGGUCACUUGGACUGCACGAGCCAGUUGGACCUUGCAAUGAAGUAGCCACCCUCACCACGCCAUUCGGACAGGUAUUGGAGAAACGCAAGUACUUCUGCCCAACUGACUACAAUGAGGACUAUUUUGAUUUCCACUGCGUCAAACAAUUGCCUCCCAAUGGUGCGUCCUGGUACGUCGUGUGCGGGACUCCAUUCCAAAACCGUGCGGAGUACAUAACGGUGUUGUCAACAAUUUUGGUGGUCGCUACAGGCGUGUUCUACAGCCUGUACUUCAAGACAGGGGCACAAGAGGCUGCACCCAAGAAGCUGAAGAAAAAAUAAACCUUUUUUUGCGUGUUCUGUGUCGUGAAGUGAAUCAAGUAAAUUAUUUUUUAAUUAUAAGACUCAAAUGUCAAUCAACAACAAUUUUAUCGAAUAAAAUUGUGUAACAAUGUA